UAAAAAGGAGUGAAAAUGAAAGGGCCACAUCACAUUCCUAAUACAAAGGGUAAGGGACGUCCAAUCCCAAAGACACUUAAGACAAAUAAGCCGAUACGGAAAAUUAAUGGCAGAGUUAUAUUCGGAUUUUUUUGUGUGGCAAUGAAUUCGCCUCAUCCUUGUGAUCCUCACGCCCCUGCUUUUACAUCCUUUGAAUAUCUCUGUUUUUCCAUCACACAAACGACACAACCAUUUCCCCACCAAUCAGACCCCAAGUACAAUCCACUGUCUUCGCUCUUCUUUCCAUAUUUCUUCCUUCUAUGGUGGCCAUAUCAACAGACUCUGUCAAUUGACGCCAAGCUAAGUGAGAAAACAAUGGAAGAAUGCAAGUGCAGCGAGGAUUCCUGUGAAUGCGAGCUGCAAAUGUCGAGAUUAAUGAAAUCUGAGAGCGUCAGGAAUUUGCAUGAAUUGAUUGAGAAAGAAUGUGGCGCAGUGGAAAGGACGGCUUGCCAGACGGCGGCCGGCCGGGCUCUGUGGAAGCAUGUAAUUCAUGAUCCUGUCGCUGAAAUUCUCGCAGGGGAAACUUAUCUCAGAAAUUUGUACGGUAAGAUGAAAAAGGACAGACUAAAUAAGGCGCGGGAAAUUGCAGGCGUUAUGCUUGCUGUGCGUACGCUGUGGUUCGAUUCCAGGCUGGAGGCCGCUCUGCGCUGUUUCGAGGGAGAAAGUCAAGUAGUUCUGCUUGGAGCAGGAAUGGAUGCAAGAGUAUAUCGUCUUACUUGUCUAAAAGGUUGCACUGUCUUUGAGGUUGAUCUUCCCAAGGUAUUGGAGCUUAAAGUUGCUUUGCUUCAGGAGGCCGCAACAACCACCACCCAAGGAGAGAGACAACCAUUAACAUUUCAUGCCAAAACUCUUUGCCAUGUGCCAUCAGACCUCACAAAAAAGGAUUGGUUCGACUCUCUUAUAAGCUCAGGAUUCGUACCACAACAUAACACAGUUUGGAUACUAGAAGGCAUUCUUUACUAUCUCCAUGACCUCAAUGCCAGAGAGGUCUUGAGAUUGAUCUCAGAGAAGUGCCAAGGGAGCACAAUUCUACUAGCAGACUUUAUGAAUGAGUGCUCAACAAACUUGCCCCAUGAGCUUAAAAGCAAUUUCCACUUCUAUAGUGAUUGGCCAGAAGAGCUUUUACCCACACUGGGCUAUUCUCAAGUGAAGGUUUCCCAAAUUGGAGAUUCUGAUGCAAAUUUUGGGUUGUUGAUGGAUCCCCACAAUUGUUUUAAUAAAUUGAGGGAGGUGCCUCGUUAUAUGAAUAUGGAUGCCGAUGGAAUGCCUUGUAGAAGGCUUUAUUUGGUUCAAGCUAUCGUUGAUCAAACAACGUCUAGAUCUUAAAAUUUUAUUGAUUUUAUGAUAAGAUUCUACUUGCACAAUCUAAAAGAAAAAUACUAAGCUAUAUAUAGUUACUUCAGGCCUCUUGGUUUCUACCUUGUGGAAGAACAUUUUCAAGUGGUAAUUUAUUUGAUUGUAAGUUGAAUGAAAAAAUAAUAUAUGUUUAUUCUUUUCCUUCUAUUUA